CUGUUUGGUGACACGUUGUUUAUCUUCUUCUUUCUAGAUUUUCUCCAUUUCCUUCUAUUUCUCUCUCUCUCGAUUCAGGUUGAAAUUGAUCGAUUACAUUCAGAUAUGAACAGCCGGUUUGACGAAGAAGACGACGAAUACCAUCUCCCAUCCUUUAAUGCCGCCUCUACUUUCCGGGGAAUCCACAGUUCUAACGAUAAUUCGAGCGUCUUCCGUGAAAACGAAGAUUCAACAUCAGACGACGAUCUUAGCAGCAAAACGAAGAGAUUCAAUCUGGGUAGUGACCGCAGCACUUCACGAUCUCCCGUCAAAAUCUUCGAUCGAUUCAACGACUCUUCGUCGGACGAAGAGUUCUCCUCGGCUGAAAAUGGCGGCAGUGGAAGCUGUAGCAAUGAAAUUGUGAAGAACGCUAGUAGGCGUCUCGAUUACAUGAUUCAAUUCCUGGAUAGAAAGCUAUCGUCCCCAGAUAAUAGUAACAAUCCGAGCAGUGCAGAUAAUCGAAUGCUGCCGGAGAUUGUAGCUAGCGGCGGCGGCACUGGAAUAUUCAAUGUUCCGCUUCGAGCAUCGGUGCAUCCACGCCGACCUCCCAGUCUUGAAUUGAGGCCACAUCCAUUUAGAGAGACUCAAAUUGGAUGUUUCUUAAGGACUUUGACGUCUACAAAUACCCAAUUGUGGGCAGGCUCUGAAUGUGGCCUUAGGUUCUGGAAUUUCUCAGAUUUGUAUGAACCCAAAACAGGAUUUUCAAGCUCUGCCGGAGAUGAAGAGACAGCCCCGUUUCGUGAAUCAAUUGAAACGUCAUCUGUUUUAUGUAUGAUUGCUGAUGAAGGAAAUCAGGUAGUAUGGAGUGGGCACAAAGACGGGAAGAUCAGAUCUUGGAAGAUGGGUCAGUCUUUGGUAGAAGGAGCGGCCGCUUUCGAAGAGGGGUUAUCGUGGCAGGCGCAUCGUGGUCCUGUCUUCUCCAUUCUCAUGUCUUCUUAUGGGGAUCUAUGGUCAGGGUCAGAGGGUGGCGUGAUUAAGGUUUGGCCAUGGGAAUCAAUGGCAAAAUCUAUCUAUCUUCCAAUUCAAGAAAGACAUAAAGCUGCAUGCCAAGUUGAGAGAUCAUACAUUGACCUCAGGAGCCAAAACACUGUUAAUGGCGUUUGUAACGUUCUUACUUCAGAUGUCAAGUAUUUACUAUCAGAUCACUCUCGAUCUAAAGUCUGGAGCGCUGGCUAUCUUUCAUUUGCAAUCUGGGAUUCUCGUACGAGGGAGCUGUUGAGGUUGUUUAAUAUAGAUGGACAGGUCGAGAAUAUACAAUUGUUGCAGGAUUUUGUAGAAGAAGAUGAAAUAACCAUGAAGUCCAGUUCAUUUCCAAAGAAGGAGAAACCUCAAACAUCCUUAAAUUUCUUUCAGCGCUCCCGUAAUGCAAUAAUUGGAGCUGCUGAUGUCGUUCGUCGUGCUGCUGUUAAGGGAGCCUUUGGAGACGACAACCGGAGAACAGAAGCAAUAGUGAUGACUCCCGAUGGUAUGAUUUGGACAGGAUGUUCAAACGGUUUGCUUAUACAAUGGGACGGAAAUGGAAACCGUCUGCAGGAUUUCAGUUACCAUUCUUCCCCGGUUCAAUGCUUUUGUAGUUCGGGAUCGAGAUUAUGGAUCGGUUACGCGACUGGUAUAGUUCAGGUAUUAGAUUUGAGCGGGAAAUUGAUCGGAGGAUGGUCUGCGCAUAAUAAUAGUCCGGUUAUUGACAUGGCAUCGGGCGGUGGGUUGAUUUUCACGUUGGCUAAUCAUGGUGGUGUACGCGGUUGGAACGCUUUGUCCCCUGGACCAGUUGAUGGUAUCGUGCAAGCUGAAUUAUUGGGAAAAGAUUUUUUGUAUACGAGAAUUGAGUGUUUGAAAAUGUUAGCUGGUACGUGGAAUGUUGGACAAGGAAGAGCUUCUCAGGACUCACUUAUAUCAUGGUUGGGUUCUGCAGCGUCCGAUGUUUCUAUUGUUGUUGUCGGUUUACAGGAAGUUGAAAUGGGUGCUGGUUUCUUGGCAAUGUCUGCUGCAAAAGAAACUGUAGGUCUUGAGGGAAGUUCUGCUGGUCAGUGGUGGCUUGAGAUGAUCGAUAAAACAUUGGGUUCGGGUUCAGGUUCAAGUUUAAGUUUUGAACGUCUCGGUUCAAGGCAGUUGGCGGGCUUAGUCAUUGCUGCAUGGGUAAGAUCGAACGUCAAAUGUAAUAUUGGGGAUGUCGAUGUUGCAGCAGUCCCAUGUGGUUUUGGUCGAGCAAUUGGUAACAAAGGGGCUGUUGCUUUGAGGAUGAGAGUACACGGCCGAACAAUGUGCUUCAUUAACUGCCAUUUUGCUGCCCACUUAGAAGCCGUGAAUCGUCGAAAUGCUGAUUUCGAUCACGUCUACAAGACGAUGGUCUUUAGUCGACCGUCAAACCUCGUAAACCCGACCACUUCGGGAGUGUCGUCGUCCAUUCAAACGUCCCGAAGUGCGCCGGGAAUCAACAAUGAGAAUGCACCGGCUGUGCCUGAGCUAUCGGCUGCGGAUAUGGUUGUGUUUUUGGGAGACUUUAAUUAUCGGCUCGAUGGUAUAUCUUACGACGAAGCUAGGGAUUUUGUAUCUCAAAGGAGCUUUGAUUGGCUAAGAGAAAGGGAUCAACUUCUCGCCGAAAUGAGAGCUGGAAACGUCUUCCAAGGGAUGCGAGAAGCGGUUGUUAAAUUCCCGCCAACUUACAAAUUCGAAAAGCACUUGGAUGGCUUAGCAGGAUAUGACUCGAGUGAGAAGAAAAGAAUUCCGGCCUGGUGCGACAGAAUUGUAUACCGAGAUAGUCGUUCUGUUUCUGCAUCGAAUUGCAGCUUGAACUGCCCUGUGGUGUCGUCGAUUUCAAUGUAUGAAUCUUGCAUGGAUGUAACGGACAGUGACCACAAACCGGUCCGAUGUAUAUUCUCAGUUAAGAUUGCCCGUGUUGACGAGUCUAUUAGAAGACAAGAGUUUGGAGAAAUUAUGAGAUCUAACGAUAAAAUAAGGCGGAUAUUGGAAGAGUUGUGUCCGGUUCCUGAAACCAUUGUCAGCACAAACAACAUAAUUUUUCAGAACCAGGAUUCACCUGUUUUAAGGAUAACGAAUAAAUCUGGGAAGCAAAGUGCGUUUUAUGAUGUCAUUUGUGAAGGUGAAACUAGCGUUAAGGAGAAUGGACAAGCAUCUGAUCAUACUCCGAGAAGUUCUUUUGGGUUUCCUAGGUGGCUCGAGGUUAAUCCAGCUUGUGGCAUGAUCAAACCAAAUAAUAUAAUCGAGAUUAAUGUUCAUCAUCAAGAAUUUCAAACAGUGGAAGAGUUUGAGGAUGGUGUCUCGAAAAACAGCUGGUGCGAAGAUGCUAGGGAUAGGGAAGUCAUUUUGGUGGUACGAGUGCGAGGCAACAACUCCUCCUCAUCCGAAAUGAUUCAAACUCAUCGGAUUCGAGUUCGACAUUGUUUGUCAAAGAAGAAUACAUCCAUGAGAAGUAAAGACUCGGUUAAUAACGCUCCGAAUUUGCAAUCAAAUCUCCUCCAGCGAUCCAAUCUGCAGCGGUUAAGCUACCCGUCCGAUGUUGUCCAUCAUUUGCAGAACAUGCAUACUCCUUAGAACAACAAAAACAAAAAUCUAUAAAUAGACAGGUUUAUUCUUGGUUUUGUUUUGAUCUCUAUUUAUUUCCUCCUUGUUUGGUUUUGUAUUUUUGAAGGAGGAAAGAAUUUUUUUAUUUUUUUAAAAUUCCCUUGUCUCUUUAGAAAAUGUUCAUAUUAUUUGUCAACAUAAAGGAAUAAAAGUGUUGAAAUGUUUAAAUCAUGUGAAAUAAAGAUUUGUUGUUUAUUGGUUG